CUCUUUGCAUUCUUCCGACCAAGUAAUUAAGCAAGUAGAGUAGCACCACUUUAACCAGCCUCUACACUUCCUUGUCUUUUAACUCGGCCAUCACAUGUUUUACUUGCAAUUAGAGUCAAGUCAUUGGUAGCUAGCAAGCUAUAACUUGGUACUCUUGACACUCACGUCAUUUUUAGCACCCAAAUAUUGCAGCAUGCUAGCUAGCUAGCUAGCUAGGAACUGUUAAAUUGCAGAGGUAUCUUCCAAAUUUCCCACAAGUUCUUGAAACCCAUUCAUUCAUUCAGUCAUACAAUACAAGGAUUGCCGAUAAAGAGAAAAUCACGCCGCAAUUUCAAAUAAAUGAACGAAGUUGAAGAUUUGACAAGUAGAAGAACUCACUUGAGCGCAUGUAGUCUCUGUGCGCGGGGUAAAUUGCCCAACCUGUCCGAGCUGCAAUUGGAAGGGGAUUUAGCAGCUUGUGGACGCCGGCUGGACUUGAGCUAACUUCAACCCAAUCGACAGAUCCUCCGCUUCUCAGUUUCUUUAGCGCGAAAAUUGGCUUGGCGCGGUGGUGAGUUUUCCCGCGGCGCAGGGGAUAAUGAUUAAUGAAGGAGGGGGUUGAAAAUGGGGAAAGGCCGAGAUGAGCCAGGUCGGGGUUGAUCCGCAAUGUUAAUGGGCCAAGUUAGAUUGGAUGCGGAAAAGUCGGGCUUAGAACUCUAUUGACCUGGCCCAACUUUAUUUAGGCUUUCAAUGGACUCCCGCUCCAAAGGGGCACGCGCAAAUAUAUGAUGAUAGAUUAGGAAGGGAAUUGAUGAACAUAUACAUACAUAGAAACAAAAAUGUAUCUUCUGCACUUAGAGCUGCGUCCUGCUUCAUUCAGGAUUCUGUAGGAUCCCAACUAACAAUCAUAUUUACUUUUUUUGUAACAAUAUUCCAUGAAUCGAGUUUUUUUUUUUUUUAACAAAACAAUAUUCUAUGAAUAUAUGGUUAUGGUACAUAAUAAUUAAAUGUACCUAAUCAAAGAUAACUAUGGACAGUAAAAAAGAUAGAAGAAAGAGACUGCAAUUAAUCCUUUUUUCACCAUUAAAAAUCGGACCCCAGAACGCGUCAGUUAAAAUUGAGAGGUUGAGAUUCUCUUAUUUAUCCUACAAAUCAGUCUGGUUGGAAUGAGUAUCUGUGAGAGAUCCACAUUUACCGCUGAGCUGGGUUUUGCUUCUUUCUUUUACACAAAAUAGAUUUUCACCAUUCUCAGUUUUCAGUUUUCACCAGGACUUAAUCCAUAGCCAAAUCCCCAGAAUCAGGGCAUGGUAAAAAAAAAAGUUAAAAAGGAGAAAGUAAAUCUGCCACCAUUUGAUAUCUCACUGUCUCAAAAGGUAACUAUAUAUAAAUUAUCCUCCUUUACCUAACAUCACAGUAAAAAAAAAGUAUAUAUAUAAUCCUAUAGAGAUCAGCACCAGCCUCUCGGCACAUUGUAACUUUGUUGGGAGUGGAAGGGAAUGUCAAAGAGGCAAAGCCUUGUGGUAAAACAAUUUUUUUACUUGAUCGUCGGCAGAAGGUCUCUCACUGCUAUUUUGUAGCUAUAAAGUUACCACUCUCUACACGGUAUCCUUUGUGCAUAUUAUUACCUCGCCGUUAACCCUUGCCGGCCGGCGGUGAAAGGAAGAAGAAGAAUCGUAAUCAUGGACACUCAGGCUCAGGCUCAGGCAGAACCUAAACCCGAAGAGGUCCCCAGCAAUGAAACGGAGGAGGAAAGGAAGAAGAAGAUCGACGAUUGGCUGCCCAUCACCGGCUCCAGGAACGCCAAGUGGUGGUAUGCUGCAUUCCACAAUGUCACCGCCAUGGUUGGAGCUGGCGUCCUCAGUCUGCCAUAUGCCAUGUCUCACCUUGGAUGGGGACCUGGAACAGUGAUACUGGUGCUGUCAUGGGUGAUCACUCUGUACACACUGUGGCAGAUGGUGGAGAUGCACGAGAUGAUUCCAGGGAAGCGACUCGAUCGAUACCACGAGCUCGGCCAGGCAGCCUUCGGUGAGAAGCUAGGUCUGUACAUCGUCGUCCCACAGCAGCUCAUAUGUGAAGUAGGUGUAGACAUAGUGUACAUGGUGACAGGAGGAAAGUCGCUGCAGAAAAUUUACAACCUGGCCUGCGGGGAUUGCAAGAACAUCAAGCUGACAUACUUCAUCAUGAUCUUUGCCUCCCCUCAUUUUAUCCUUGCUCACUGCCCCAAUUUCAACUCCAUCUCUGUAGUCUCACUUGCCGCGGCAGUGAUGUCGUUGAGCUACUCCACUAUUGCCUGGGGAGCUGCUGCUGACAAGGGUCGUCAACCAGGAGUAUCAUAUUCCUCAGUAGCCUCAACUCCCACUGGAGGUGUCUUCAACUUCUUGGGUGCUCUUGGAGAGGUAGCUUUCGCCUAUGCUGGCCAUAACGUUGUCCUCGAGAUUCAAGCAACGAUCCCUUCCUCGCCCGAGAGGCCAUCGAAAGUGCCCAUGUGGAGAGGAGUCGUUGUAGCUUACAUUGUGGUGGCACUCUGCUACUUCCCAGUAGCUCUGGUAGGGUACUACAUAUUCGGCAACAAAGUGGAGGACAACAUCAUGCUCUCCCUUGAGAAACCCGUUUGGCUCGUCAUCGUCGCCAAUGCUUUCGUUGUCAUCCAUGUCAUUGGCAGCUAUCAGUUGUUUGCAAUGCCUGUCUUCGACAUGAUGGAGAGUACCCUGGUGAAGAAGCUCAACUUCAAGCCAUCCUUCAAGCUUCGAUUUAUUACUCGUACCGUCUACGUUGCACUCACAAUGUUUAUCGGCAUCACCUUCCCUUUCUUUGGUGCGUUGCUUAGUUUCUUUGGAGGAUUCGCUUUUGCACCAACGACAUACUUCCUCCCCUGCAUCAUUUGGCUUGCCAUCGUCAAGCCAAAGAAGUUCAGCCUUUCAUGGUUCAUCAACUGGAUUUGCAUCAUACUUGGGGUAAUGCUGAUGAUUCUGGGGCCGAUUGGAGGAUUAAGAAACAUCAUCGUGCAUGCCAAAGAUUUCAAGUUCUACAAUUAGUUUGAGAAACAACAGUUGCAGUAGAUUGAAGGAAAUGAAACUGACAAUGAUGAAAAAAGAAGCCGAAGGAAGGGCAUUUCAAACUGUUGUUCUUAGAGGCCUGUUAUUCUAUUUUAGGAUGUCAAUCAGAUUUAAGAUUUUAUUUUGUCUCAUUGCCAGAGUAGGAGGUUUGGAAUACAGUACCAGUUUGUUU